AUGGAGGAGAUCCAGAGUUUCAUCCUGGAAGCUAUCGUGGAGGAACAGGAGGGUCCCUACUCUCCAAGAUUCUACGGUAUCAACAGGAGACAAGGAGUUCUGAUCUUCACCUGUGAAAACACCAAUACCGCUGAAUGGCUUAAGGGAAAGCAUGAUUCCCUUAAGCCUUGGGAAGGGGCCAGUCUGAGGAUUGUACCAAAGGAAGAAAUUCCACGUGCAAGAAUUGCGACUGUCUAUCUUCCUAAGAGUAUACAUGAAACCACCGACAAGAUUAUGAAAGUACAAAACAAAGAGCUCUCUGUCGGAGAAUGGAACGUUCUGCGUAGAAGCGACGAGGGAAAGUCAGUACUACUUACCCUGGCAGUCGACUGCGCCACAGCAAACAAACUUGAGAAGGAGGGUCCAUAG